AUGGCAAAGACUGUGCAAGCACAUUGGACAUCUAGCCAUGUGAAAGCCAUUGGCUGCUGGAGUGUCAAUGAUGCCUUUGCCAACUGCUAUGACCAUGACCUUCCACUCGAAGGGCUACAUGGUGCGGCCAUGUUCUAUGCGAGGAAGCAUGAGCAAUACUUCCUAGCUCAGGACUAUCUUGAGCCUCCAGCGGAGCUCUUCUCGCACAUUUUUCCAUGGGUUGAGCAGCAGAAUGCUGACCUGCAGCAGUGGGAGGCAAUGCUCAGGCGUGCAGGACAAGACAUUGCCUUGAAGGGCUUCCUGCGACUCCCAGUGUGGCUCCAUCAAGUCCUUAUACAGGAUGCUGCUGUCCUGUUCAUGAAAGACCCAACAUGCCCAAUAUUUGAGCUCAGGCCUUUUUGA